AUGUCCGCCACCACCACCACCACCAUUACUGCUGCUGCAGUAAAUAGGCUGCCCGAGCACACGCAGCAGCAGCUCGCCGCCUUGGCAGAACGGGCCGCACCCCUCGCUGCCGAUAUCGCCGCCUCGGUCUCCACCACCACCACCACAACUACCACCAACACCGAUGGCUCUCCCAACCUGGCACAGUACCAAGCCGCCCUGGCCGCCCGCUACCGCGCCAACAUCCAGCGCAUCCUCAAGCCCGACAUGAACUCGUUCGCGGCCGAGAGCACCGCCUCGUCCAUCGACGCCGCCAUCGCCCCCGCCCCCACCAGCUCCACCCCCAACGGCUCCGCCCCCGAAUUGAACUUCCUGCCCAGCCCCAGCCCUAACCUGGUCUCGGCCUUUUCGCCCGCAAGUUCGUCGCCCUCGCCAUCGUACGAGCUGGCUACCUACGCCGCGACGAACGAGGACGUCGAUCCCACGCUCGCGACCGAGGACGAAGAGGACGAGCACCUCCCCCCCUACGAGGAGGAGGAGGGCAACACGUCCGACUGCACCGUCACCGUCACCGAGCUCGACUCUCCGGACACGCCCGCCGACAACAUCGACCAGGCCGACAUGCUGCGCACCGCGACGGGCACGACGGCAUCGACGUCCUCCUCGUCCACCACCGGCGGCGUGGCCAUCCGCCCCGCCUCAGCCACCAGCUCCAACGACGGCGCGGCCCUCUCGCCCUCCUCCGACGGCGGCGUCCCCCUCCCCGUCUCCGCAGCUUCAUGCCUGCGCCCCGCGUCCCGCCGCGCCCUGACGCCGCGCACGGCCGCCGCGGCCGCGGCCUCCAUCGCUGCCGCCAUCGCCGCCACCCCCUCCCCCCUCUCCUCCUACGUCCCCGCGCAGCCGCGCUCGCACCAGCAGGAGCGUGAGCGCUCACCGGGCCCGCCGCCCCGCCCCGCCAGGCCGACGCACACGGCCUCGACGACGGCGACGCUCGUCUCGCUCGGCAGCAAGGCUUACGACGGGCCAAUGAAGGCGGGACCCAAGUCCAUCACCAGCAGCAAGGCAGGGUCGACAAAGUCGUCCUCCUCCUCGGUGCUGUCCGUGUCCCCCAAGGCGGCCGUCGCAAAGGUCGCGCGCCUGGCGGCGCAUUUUGGCGGCGCGCGCGCGUACCCCGACCAUACUGCUGCGGCGGCGGAGCGCCAGACGCAGCAGCUGCCGACCAUGCGCGCCGCGGCGUUCAUCUGA